GAUCAAAGCAGAACGGAAUUAUGCUCCCAUCGAAAUAGAAGCCCUUGGACUCAUAUUCGCACUCACUCAGUUCAGAACCUACGUGCUUGGUACCCACACAACUUGCAUCACCGACCAUAGACCUCUCACUAGUCUAUUGACUAGACGAGACCUUUUCGGUAGACUUGCCAAGUUUCAACUGGUUAUCCAAGAGUACGACAUCGAAAUUCGCUAUCGCGAAGGACGACUGAACGACGUAUGCGAUGCAUUAUCCCGCUAUAUUGGAGAAGAAGCCAACGACCCGAAACCUGAAAAGAAGAAGAAGACGCCGAUUUUGCCCCAAAUCAACUUCGUCACCAUGAAGACCGUCAAGGAAAUUCAACAGCAAACGCCCUGGAUCAAGAAAUCGAUAGCCGAAAUCGAAUACAAGAACUCCCGCAACCAGUUAGGAAAUGACCGCUACUGUGUCAUUGACAACAUGCUCUUCACCAAACCCUGCAUGAAGAAACCUAACCCUGUCUUGGUUAUUCCCAAAGGAGCCGACAUAACCAAGACCAUCAUUGCGAAGUUCCACACCGACCCGACCUUAGGAAUCCACCAAGGAGUAUCACGAACUAAGAACGCCGUCUCAAGAAGAUUCUACUGGACCAAUAUGCAAGACGACAUCGCGGAUUAUGUUCGAAGCUGCCUAGAUUGCCAACAUCGCAAGAAGG